ACGUACAUUUAAUCGUUUAUUCAGUAUCUUAUAUAUUCGCGUGAAAAUAGAAGAAAAUGAUUCUAUUAAACUAUAUGACAAUAAUCAGUUUUGCACUGACGUACGUUGUCGCACAAGAACUAUACUCUGAUAAAUACGAUGCAGACACUGACGUGAUGAGUGUUCUUGAGAACGAAGAACUUCGUAAUCAAUACGUUGGUUGUAUUAUGGAAACAUCGCCAUGCGUUACAGAAGAUGCGAAAUUCUAUAAAGAGAUUUUUGCUGAAAUAAUCGAAACCAACUGUAAGAAAUGUACUCAAAAACAAAAGGAUGAUAAUGAAAUAAUAAAGGAUUGGUUUACAAAAAAUAAACCCGAUGAAUGGCAAGCUCUUAACACAAAAGCUAUGGAGGAGAUAAAGAAGAAAAACGCUAAUCAAUAAUUUUAUAAUGAUUAUUGAAACAAUGAAUAAAAAAAAGUAUAAAAA